AUGAAGCUCUCCCUCGUCGUGCUGUUCACCGCGGUCAAUUGUGGUGCUGGUGGAGCGGGUGGCAGUGGUGGUCACCGGGUUGGAGGUGUCGACAACAUGACUAGCUCUUCCAGCCCAGAGGGGACCACGAUCUUCGACUACCUCACAACCACCUCGACCUCAUCCGCCCGUGACCCGGCGGAGACGGAGCGAUGGCUUCGCCCCGUGUUCACCAAUAUCGGCAAGGUGAACACGCAGAACCCAUUCUGCGGGGCAGGGUCGAACAUCACCACGACCUCGCGCGUCGUCGCCUUGCCCAACGAUUACUUCCGCAAAGGCAACCGCUACGACGACAUAUCCAACUGCGGCCGCGAGGUGGUUGUGAGCUGGCAAGGGCACGAAGUAACAGCGACAUUGUACGACGUUCUCAGCCGGGGGGACCUCUGGCUCUCGGAGCAGGUUUAUCGCGACCUCACGGGCCGCCAGUACAACGUCGACGCACCUGAUGGUGAAGGAGUCCUGGCGGAUGUUUCGUAUCGCCUUGUUGAUCAGGCCUGA